AUGGGCGGAUUAGGCAAGACCACUCUUGCAAGAAACCUCUACAACAGUCCUAAUAUAGUGUCAAGCUUCCCUACACGCGCUUGGAUAUGUGUUUCUCAAGAGUACAACACAAUGGAUCUUCUUAAGAAUAUCAUAAAAUCCAUCCAAGGUCGCACAAAGGGAACUCUAGAAUUUUUGGAAAGGAUGACAGAAAGCGAUCUAGAAAUUUACCUUCGUGAUCUAUUGAAAGAAGGCAAAUACCUUGUAGUGGUUGAUGAUGUAUGGCAGAGAGAAGCAUGGGAGAGUUUGAAAAGAGCAUUCCCAGACAGCAAGAAUGGCAGCAGAGUUAUUAUUACCACGCGGAAACAUGAUGUUGCUGAAAGAGCCGACAACAGAGGUUUUGUCCAUAACCUUCGUUUCCUAACCCGAGAAGAAAGUUGGGACCUCUUUUGUAGGAAACAACUUGAUGUUCGGGCAAUGGUUCCAGAAAUGGUAAGGAUAGCUAGAGAUAUGGUGGAAAAGUGUAGAGGCUUACCUCUUGCAAUUGUUGUAUUGAGCGGACUACUUUCACAUAAAAGGGGGCUAAGCGAAUGGCAAAAGGUGAAAGACCACUUUUGGCAGAACAUUCAAGAUGACUCCAUUGAAAUCUCCUACAUACUAUCAUUGAGCUACAACGAUUUGUCAGCUACGCUCAAGCAGUGUUUUCUGUACUUUGGUAUUUUCCCAGAAGAUCAAGAGGUCAAUGCUGAAAAGAUAAUACUGUUGUGGAUGGCUGAGGGUCUCAUACCAAAUGGAGAAGAAAGAAUGGAGGAUGUCGCUGAAGACUUCCUGAAUGAGCUGAUAAGACGAAGCUUGUUACAAGAGGUACGUUCAUUUUGGGAAAAAGUUACUGUAUGUAAGGUUCAUGAUUUACUUCGUGAUCUUGCCGUACAAAAGGCAUUCGAUAUAAAAUUCUUUGACAUUUAUGAUCCAAAAAAGCACUCCAUAUCCUCCUUAUGUAUCAGACAUGUCAUUCAUGGUCAAGGAGAAAGGUACCUCUCACUUGAUCUUUCUCACUUGAAGUUGAGGUCAAUUAUGUUCUUCGAUCCAGAUUUUCGUAACAUGCAUCUUACAAACUUCAGUAGUGUGUUCCGACAUAUAUAUGUAUUGUACUUGGAUAUUGGAGGUUAUGUUAUGACUGAUGUCAUAGGAAGUUUGUACUACCUCAAGUUCUUAAGCUUGAGAGGUGUCUGUAAUAUUCCCUCCUCCAUUAGCAACCUCAAGAAUUUACAGACACUUCUUGUCGAUGACCAUGGAGGGUUUAGCCGUCUACCCCAAAAGACAGCUGACCUAAUAAAUCUAAGACAUUUAGUUGCUCCAUAUUCAGAGCCUCUGAAAUGUAUAAACAAACUCACGAAUCUUCAAGUUCUUAAAGGCUUUCGUUGUGAUCAGUGGAAAGAUGUUGACCCUGUUGAUUUAGUCAAUCUUCGAGAAUUAAGCAUGGAUUGUAUUAACAGAUCUUACUCCCUAAACAACAUUAGCAGCUUGAAAAACCUUAGCACUCUCAGAUUAUUGUGUUAUGCUGAUGAAUCAUUCCCAUCUCUUAAAUUUGUUAAUUCUUGUCAAAAGCUCCAGAAAUUGUGGUUAAGAGGGAACAUAGAGAAACUUCCUCUGUUUCCAGAUUCCAUCACAAUGAUGGUUCUUUGGAAGUCAAAACUCAUGGAAGAUCCGAUGCCUAUUUUGGGAAUGUUGCCAAACCUAAGGAAUCUCGAAUUAGAAGAAGCUUAUGAAGGAAAAGAAAUAGCGUGCAGUGAUAACAGCUUCAGUCAACUCGAGUUCCUUCGUCUUCAUCAUCUUGACAAGCUAGAAACAUGGCAUUUAUCCACAAGUGCCAUGCCUUCAAUUAAAGGUCUUGACAUCAAAUACUGUCCACAUCUAUAUCAUAUUCCCAAGAGAAUGCAAGAUGUGGAGAUAACUCCUUUUUGGCCUGUUUCAUAA